GUUAUUAUACCUCUUUAGUUAACGAGACACUCAUUUUGGUUGAAUAAGCCAACUUAGAAGAAAGAAGGUCAUUAAUCUGAAGUUAACGAGACACGCAUCUUUGUUGAAGAAGUACCGGCCAGGUUAUCACCGCUGCAUUCUUUCAUUCAUCGAGAAUGAAUCUCUUGGCUGGAACUUGGGUAGCGGCUUUGCUUUUGGCCUUAGCUGUACAUGGAAGUCAAGCAAAUGGGCUUGACCCAAAUGGGACCAAUGUUUGUUCGAAAGUCGAUUCCGUCCUUACAGUGGACGGAGAGGUUUGCGGUGAUUGCUCGCUCGCAUAUCCUUCACAGUUUGAUUACUAUUGUUGUCCAGGAUGGUCGCAAACAGGACGAGACUGCACGUUACGUCACCCGUGUCCAAAUGGAAAGGAAAACUGUACUGAAUUUCACACCGGGAUACUUCCAAAACCGACUUUAACAUACAGCAAAAACUUUGCUGCGUCCAACAUGGAGAUGGUUUGCAGUUUUGACUUUCCUAAGUGGAAGAACGUCUCGUACAAGGUAGAAUGGUUUACAAGAUCAACUACACCUGCCAAGACGGACACGUGGUGUGUUCCAGGUCGACCAAUGAGUGGACAGAAUGAUUGUAAGAGAAGAAGUAGCUCGAUUUUUUCCCCAUCCGACUUUAAAUUGGGCGACACGGUUUGGUGUAGAUUAUUUAUGAAGUUUUCGACAAAGAAAACAAAUGAAUGGACAAGAAUUGCAGAAGAAAGUAAUAAACACUAUAUUGGAAUCGAGGUUUCUCGACGCGAUGUGACCGUCAAAGAAUGUAACGUAGCAGAGAACAUAACAGUUACCUUAAGACCAACUGUUCCUAUUUUACCCACCGUGGGUGUCCCUGGAUCUGACAGUGUAGAUGUGUAUGUGUUGAUACCCAAAAGGUACAAAGUACAAAGAAGACAAGCUGCAGUUGACAAAUGUAAUGUCAAACUGAAGACAGAAGACAUAACUCGUGGUCAAACCAUCACAAUAAGAGGAGUCUGUGACAACCAACGAGAUGAAACGCGACCUUUUUAUUUCCGUUUUAAACCAAAGUCUUCCAGUUUAAGUUGGCAAGGCGUGGAAAAUUACCGAAUGCUAUCUACAAAGAUUGCUGUACGUAAUACAGAAACRAAGCCUUGUUUGUCUACUUCUGAUCCACAUUUGUACACCUUUGACGACAGUUACCUAUUCUACAACGAUCUGGGUGAUUAUCUGAUGCACCAAAACGAAGACACCAAAGUGGAGGUUCAAGUACGUCUUUGGGAAUGUUCGGCUGGAGUCAAUUGCGUCUGUGGUGCAGCAAUACGUGAAGGAAAACAUGUGAUAGAGAUCUCUAUGUGCAACAAAAAGGACCAAGUAGGGCCCACAGUAUUGAGAACUAUAAAACGAAGCUCAGGAAAACUACCUAGAGGAAUAGAAGUCACCCGAAGUAUUAAUGGUCAGUCUUUAGACCAAGAGGUAACGCUGUUAUCCGGCACCAGAAUCUCCGUGCAUCGUUCUGGAAAGUCUUUAGAUGUCCGCGUCAAUGCACCAGCCAGUCAGGAAAACAAGGCAGCAGUCUCAGGUCUUUGUGGUAACUUUAAUGGUAACAAAGCUGAUGAUUUCUGGCAGUGGCGAGACGGAAAAAUCGUCAACAAAGAUAAAAAUGCUUUCAUCAAAAACUGGCGCCUCACGCCUGAUAAAAGUCUUUUCGAGAUUUCAAUUGAAGAAGAAAUAGAAGAAGGAAAGGAGGAAGAAUCGAAAUCUUGCUAUUGUGGCGUCGAAGGGGAAUUAAAUCAAAUACCAAAAUGCGAGUACAACGCCAAUCUUUUUGCAAAGAUAGAGUCAUCAAGUACAGAAGUAAUUACAACGCAAAUAAAUGACCAGUCCAAUUUUGGCAAGAAACGGUCUGUAGACGGUCACUGGUACAGUGAUGACAUCAUUGACUACGAAGAUCGCAGCUACUUUGUAGAUGAUCCACAAGUACAGCACGCUAUGAACCGAAUAAGAAGCAAAAGAUCACUCAGAGUAGUGAUGUCCAAACACGAAGCGCAUAAAUAUUGUAGAAAAUAUAUUGAGGAAUCAGAAGCAGCAAGGUCUUGCAAAGGCAUCUCUAAAAAGAGCAUUAGGGACGCUAUCAAACAAUGCUCCAAGGACUUGCAGCUCACUGGAGACAAAACAUUUGCAGUCUUAUCGUUUGAGUCUAUGAAAUACCUUUGUGAAGACACUGCAUUGAAGAGCCUCUCAUCGUACACUUUUACUGCACGUGGUGACUUGGAACCUCGCAAAGAUUUAGCAAAAGACCUGUGUCCUUCUGACUGUAGUGGACAUGGCAGGUGUAAGAAUCGAACCUGUAUAUGUGAUAAAGGCUUUACUGCUCUGGACUGUUCCAUGGAAGUACAGGCAGUACCAGAGUUGUUGGGUAUCUACAAUGGUGGACUCUGUGAUAUACGUGAACGUCCAUGUAGAAAGGCGAACCUGUUGGGACAGAAGUUCAUCGACUCAAACAACCUCACGUGUCACGUCAAAGAAUUCAAGGUCUUUUCAAGUUCUUGGUCUCCACGUGGAGUACCUUUCACAACACAUGGAAAGAUGAAUGACAUAUUUGGUGUUAAAUGCGACCUGCCUGAGCCACCGACGAGACUUGGUGAUUAUGAUCACGAGGGGACCCCUGCUGCGGGGAUUUUGGUCUCAGUUUCUAACGAUGGCUUCAGAACAAGUGCACAACAAUUAAGACAGCUCACUUAUGAUUCAAAAUGUAUGACGUGCACCAAAUCAGGAAAAUGUCAACGCAAACCGAAUUCCUGUCUGAUCAGAGGACAUUGUUUUGCUGCCAACGAACCCAACCCACGUGACUGGUGCCAGCAGUGCUUACCCAGAGAUGACCAGAAUUCCUGGACGCGUAGGAAAAAUAAUCAGGCACCGACGUUUAGUAGAAAGCCAAUAACGUACAGCGCCUUGCCUGGAGAAGAUCUCGUGCUGCAGCUGAGAGCAACAGACCCUGAUAACCGUCCUGUAACUUACUCUCUACUCAGUUCUACAGCUACUGGCCACACAUUCAGUCCAGCAGGUCUACUGAGAUGGAAGGUCACAUCGAAUGAGAAGUUCACCUUCCAAGUGACUGACGAGUGUGGAGCGUUUGAUACAACAGACAUGAGAGUGCGUAUAGUACAAUGCCCAUGUCUGAAUGGUGGUCAAUGUGUACCCCACCCCAACCAUCCACGGGGAUCUGGUCUGUAUCAGUGUAAAUGCGUUAAUGGAUUCAGUGGCGACAGAUGUGAGAAAACUACUGGACCUAAACCCACUAAAUCUAUAACUAGUAAACCUAUACCCACUAAACCUAGACCUACUGGUAAACCUGGUGACAAAGCACCUGACGCUGCACCAAGGAUCCUACACGCUUCCCCUGUCAAAUACGACACCAUGAGGAUUACUUGGGCACCAAUACCUCAAAACAAACGAAAUGGUGUUAUACUGGGUUACACGAUCUACUAUCAUGAACUGUACGCCAACCAAUGGAACCAACAGAGGAAACCUUGGAAAUCGGCCAGAACGCCCAAUGGUCACAUGACCAGCAUCACAGUUACUGGACUGCAGUCUUACACCGAGUAUUGUGUAAAGAUGUCUGCCUUUACGAGUAAAGGAGAGUAUCCUCACUGGAAAAGAGGACAGUGUUACCAAGUCAAGACUCCCUCGCUACCUAUCAAAGUUUCUGGUCGUUCUUUGCGAAGUACUGAAAUUCUUCUCAAAUUCGAGAAGCCUAGACGAGGACCUUCAUCCACUAGAGUCCAAGUAGAUUACGGAAAACAGAAAGACAGGUUGAAUAUGAAGAAAGCUUGCUACGGAUCUUCAUGCGUCAUUGAUAACCUUGAGGCAGACACCAUGUACUACUUCAAGGUGAUUGGAUAUGUUUACCAGAGAGGAGAGACGCCAUCGUUCACUCAGAUCAGGACUCUUGUUUGAGGAUCUUAAAGUACCAAACAAGAUGGCUAGAGGAUCACUGCUAGAUUUAAGCUAUCAAUCCGCAUACUGCAGCUGCAUUUCCUACAAUCCUACUGUAAUAUCACCAUAAAUAUUUAAGUAGGAUGUUUGUAUUUUUAUGCUUUUCAUUUUUAAAAUAAAACUUUUGAAACACAA